AUGAGGACAAUGCUGAAUGCCUGCAUAAUAUGCCACAAGAAAAAGAUCAAAUGCGACCUGGCAAGUCGCCGCCCAUGCUCCAAUUGUUACAGGACCGGGAAGGAAUGCGUAAUGUAUAGCAGGAAGCGAAAGCGAUAUACAAAUAGUCUCUCACCUCGGGAGAGCGCGGAACCGCAGCCUAGCCAGGGCGAUACAAACCCAACACGCACUACACAAAGACCGAAAACAAAUGAUGUGAUCGAAACCUAUCGCGGCAGAGACCGGUACCUAGGACGACACGUAUCGUUCGACGAAGCAAUCGCCUCGCCUAACCUCCAAGAUUCAGAAUUAGGAUCGGGAUCGGGAUCCAGACUCUCGCCAGCGGAUCUCGAGCUCCUUACGCACCAAGGCGCGUUUCAACUACCACCUAAAUCAGUGCAGGACGAGUAUAUAGCGGCUUAUAUGAAGUACUGCGAUGUCUGGACGCCAAUUGUUGAACCUGAAUGGCUCCACGGCCAAUCUGUAUCCUAUCUCCUCCUUCAAUCUAUCUUGUUGGCAGCAAGCCGCGUCUCAAAACAACCCAGCACCCAUGGAACGAGUGCAGAUUUCUACCGUCGCGCCAAACUGUUAUUUUUCUUUGGACACGAGCGGAAUCCCCUUAUUUCUAUUGUCAGCGCGGUGUUGCUGCAUUGGUAUAACCCCGUCGGACCGGAGACAAUAUCGACUGAUACAAGCGGGUUCUGGUUGAGGACUGCGGAGGCGAUUGCGUUUCAGAUUGGAUUGCAUAAAGAGCCACCGGGGUCUGGUACGGGUGAGAGCAGGAGGAAGAGGGCCCUGAGGAGGAGGCUGUGGUGGACUCUGGUUGUCCGGGACUGUAUUAUUUCGGCGGGUGUUGGACGGCCUCGGACUAUUAAUCUGUGUGAUAGUGAUGUAUUUCCUCCUUCGAUGGAUGACUUUGAUAAGGGAGAAGAUACGACGAACCGGUUAUUCCUCGUCUACGCAUCAAUAUGCCAACUCCUGGGUGAUAUCGUGGAAGGCUGUCUGCGUCCUCAACAACAACCCAAUCAAAACCACAAGUCCCUUGAGAAUGCACUAUAUCGUUGGGUGAAACAGGACUUCCGAAGCAUCACUUCCCUCAGCGCCGGCUCAUCAUCUCAAUACACUCUCGAAGCCCGACAGAUCAUGCUCACGUACUUUGCGAACCUGAUCAUCCUCGACCGCACACCGACUUCCGACGGGGUACCAUCCGCCAGGUCAUUCGUAGCAUCGUCGUUUAUCUCAGGCAUAUACAAGGAAUUCAUAUCUCGCGACGAACUAUGCCGUCUCGGGCCUGUUUUUGCCUUCUACGCUUUGUGCGCAGGACUCGCCUUGAUCCCGGGAAUCCGGUUCCCCACUCUACGGGAGACGGCUAUUGAGGAGCUGCGAACACUUAUAGAUUCCCUAAAGGGUUUGUCAAGACAAUGGGGUUCUGCGUUCGGGGCACUGCGUGCAUUACAGAGACUCGGCGGUGAAAUCAGUCAAAUGCCGACGAGGGGUGAUCCGGUCCCAGUGUUGAGAGAGGAAAUGGUGCCAUUUUUUGAGGAUUUUGGGAAGGGAUUGUGUCGGCAGUGGAAUGUGUUCUUUGGUGGCGAGGAGAUGGUAGUGACGGGGAUGGUUCCGCAGGGGGUGUUGAAUAAUCUCGGGUUCGAAACUGAGCUGCCAUCCCUCGGUCAUGCUGGGACUGGGACUGGGACUGAGGAUGUAUUACCGCCGUCAGCCGGUGAAACAGACUUUGGAGAUUUGGAUCUGUUGAGUGGGAAUUGGGAGGGUGUUGGGUUUGAUUGGAGCGGGUCUUGGUUAUUAGACGAUGUUAUAUCACAUAUCAACUAA